CAAACCAAGAUGGCGGCCGUCGUGGAGAGAGUUGAUGGAUGUGUUGGGUCCUUGGACGCAGACGCGGUGUCACCGAGACAGUCCACCCCUCCACCGGACCAGCCGCACCAGAACAACCCGCUGUUAGGGCUGCCCAUCGUGGCCAUUGAGACUAUUCUCAAUUUUCUGUCUUACGACGAAAUCAGCUUGCUGCGCUCGGUGUGUAAGCGCAUGGACAUGAUCUGCCAGCGUGUCCUGAAUCAGGGCUUCCUGAAGGUGGAGCGUUACCACAGCCUGUGUCAGAGGCAGGUCAAGGCCCAGUUGCCCAGGCGAGAGUCGGAGAGGAGAAACCAUUCGCUGGCUCGUCACGCUGACAUUCUGGCUGCCGUGGAGACGCGCCUUUCUCUGCUCAACAUGACCUUCAUGAAAUAUGUUGACUCCAACCUCUGCUGCUUCAUCCCUGGAAAGGUGAUAGAUGAAAUUUACCGCGUGCUGCGCUACGUGAACUCUACUCGAGCACCCCAGCGAGCUCACGAGGUUCUCCAAGAGUUGAGGGAUAUUUCCUCCAUGGCCAUGGAGUACUUUGAUGAGAAAAUCGUCCCCAUCCUGAAGAAGAAGCUGCCAGGUGCUGACCUGUCCGGCCGCCUUAUUGGCUCUGCACCAGUGGCAGGUCCAUCUACCUCCUUGACUACCAUGUCCCUGCUGGCCAAGAACACUCCGUCACGCUCUGAGAUGACCAAGGUGCAGCAGCAGGUGAAGGUGAAUGGGGCAUCGAUGACGGUCCUGCGGAGGGAGAUGCAGGAAAUUCGUGUCAAGCAGUUGGAGCAGCAGAAGCAGCUGCAGGACCAGGAGCAGAAGCUGCUGGAACAGACACAGGUGAUUGGAGAGCAGAACGCUCGCCUCGCUGAGCUGGAACAUAAGCUCCGCGAACUGAUGGACAGUAGUUCUGCUGCUAUGGGGGGACCAAGGCCCAGCACAGCCGUCCCCUCCACAUCCAGCACCACUGCUGUGUCUUCCACUGCUGCCAGCACAUCCGUGAGUGUGUUGGCAAGUGGCAGCAUGGUUGCAGCCUCUCUACCCAGAGAGCCAGAGGGUGAGGGAGGGUCAUCGCUCAAACGCAGCAGAAAGAGCUCAGACCUUCCACGACAGUCCAAACGGCUGCGCAGCAAGAAAUAAGAGACUCAGUGUGUCAUUUAGUUUUUGGUUUCAAGGUCUGACUCUGACACCUUAUCCCCCCCCCCAGCAACACUCAUGACCUGUACUGUCUGUGAGAUGAGUCAGUAGUAUCCCUGUAUGCUUUGCCAGUGUCACCCCCCCCCCCCCCCCCCCCCCCCAAACACACACAUAAUGUACUGCAAACACUUCUGUGGGUGCUGAAUUUGACAAUAGUGUUAAAUGACUGACUGUUGUCCACAGCUAAAACACUGAGCCCAGAACGUCCACACUGACAGGGUCAACUUCUAUUUUCUUUCUUUUUGUCAGCAAAUCUGUGAGGUGACAGGAAACAGCUGGAGAGAGAGACACAAGGGAUGACAUGUUGCCAGAAUCAAAGAUUGUGAUUAUGUGGUAUGCGUCUUAACCAGUAGGCUACCAUGGCAAGCCACAAAUAUUUGAAUAAGUUGCAUUUAAUAAAAAGGCUAUUAAAUAGUAAUUUCCUAAAGUUUUUAGUAAACGUCACUCAAAUAGGAAGAAAGCAGUGUGGCUUAUUGACAUGUUUUUAAUCAUUUUUGGACAACAAUGGAGCUCUCUGGCACAGAGGAAUAAGAUAUAUCAGACUUUGAUAUACACAUUAUACUUGAAAGUAGAUCAUUGUUGGUUUGCCUCUCCACAUGAGAUUUGUUGACAAUAAGAAAAAUAUAGAUUAUAUUCAUGCCUAUCCUAUCAUGUCUUAGCCACUUAACUAAAUCAAAGUAUAGGCAGGUGGUCGGCCGUUUGUAGCUAAGAAGACUAUUUAAUGAAGGUUAGAUUAAAAUGACUUUUUAAUGUAGAUGCUUUUCUAAGAGGCUCAUAUGUUUGCAAAAAUUUGGAAUUACAAAACAGAAAUUCUGAUGGCCCAUGAGUAGACUCUUUUCACAGACAUUUUGACUUUUCAAAGCAGGAAAAGCACAGAUGGAAUUAAUAACAUUAAUGAUGGCUGCAUUCCAUUUAGGUGGGCCAGUUCCAGGCUAUGGUAUUGUGCAUGUUCACUCACUGAAGUGACUUAUUUGGACAAUUAAUGGAAUGGAGCCAUCAUUAAUGUUAUUAUUUACAGCUGUGCUUUUCCUGAUUUAACAAGUCCAAAUGUCAGCUGUGAAAAGGGUAUUUUUGGUUAACAGAAGUCACAUGGUUUUGCCUCACCUGUUUUCUUAAUUUGCUUCUCAGGAUGUAUAUGUGGUCAAUGCAGUUCCUCUUCCUGAAAUAAAAUCUACAAAGAAAUUUUAUCUCAGAAACAUGCACAACUAAAAGGAUAUCAGGUAAAAAAAAUAUGGUAUCUCAAUGGUCCUUAAAUUACAAGUUCAAGUAACUGGACCUUUAUUGAAGCUGCAUGUUAGGGGUAAUCUGUGAUCUCCUCUCCAUUUUCACAUGGGUUGGAAGUCAAAAUCCAUAAGCAUUUAUUUCAUUCACACUUGCUUCUUCCUAAUUUUGGCUAAGUGCAAUAAAAAUAAUCUCAAAAGUAAUAAGCAAUUUAUAUUUCUCGACAGUAGCUUGGUUGUUCUAUCCAAAACUGCACCUCAAAUCAGGUCAGUUGGAUCUGAUCACUUAUUGAACCACCAUAAAUAGGAAGAAUUGGGUCUUAAAAAAGAAAAACGGCAGUGUUCAGGCAGCAUUAGUCGAAGUGUCACCCUCUUAAUGUUGACUCUUUCCUUCUCUGCCUGGCAGAGGACCUGACAUGGAGGUAGAUGUUGUUUAUGAAGGGACUUUGCUUUCCAUUGUGCCUCAGUAACCAACUGACAGAUAUCAUUGUUCUCUGAUCCUUAGAAAUGCAACAGUGAUAAUGGAAGUCAUGGUUCUGCUGUGUAUGAAAAUAAUUUUUUUAAAAGGUUUCCAUUGAGAGAAAACCGUUCUUUAGCUCUAGUGUGCAUGAAAGCACCUGAUGCUAAUGCACCACUUUUACACGAGAAGUUACUGUAUGUGUUGUGCUAAAGAGGAAAAAUAUAACUGCUCUCCAAUGACAAAACUAUGUUUGGCAUCAGUCAUUUAAGGAUCAUACCAGUGUUUUUAAAUAUUUCAGCCUAUUAUGUAUAGCUCCAUACAACCAAACAUUUUACAAAGUGCACUGUGUUACAUUUUUUAUGUGUUGUUUUGAGAGCCACUGAGUGCCAUUUGUUUCACUGCAGAAACUUGCAUGUCAUGACUUUGAUUCAGUUUUCAAAUUGAAAAAACAUGGCAGCUGAUCUUGAAAACAUGUUCAAAUUGCUCCUCAUCUCUCCUCUGAAAUCACUUUAUCAAAAUCUGAGAAAUACACCAUGCAAUUACACAAUCAUGCUUUGUUUAAUGCCAACAGUUUCUGGUUGAAGCCAUUGUUCUUGAGGCUGGUCAAAUAUAUUAACUUAAGGUCACUUGCUAGCUUUUUCUGGCACUUUCAACCAUAUCUCACAGUCUUCAUCAGUUCAUUACAUGAAAACUCCAUCCACUGAUGAAGACCUGUUGAAAGCUCUGGAAAAAGCUAGAAGUGACUUUGGUUUAAGAGUAUUUUGUCACAUUGGACAUAGUAGUUUGAAAACUGUAAGAUGUGGUUGAAAGUUCUUGAAAAAAGCUAGUAAUUGGGCCUUGAUUUUUAUUUUUUCAUGAAACUUCUGUUUCCAAUUUCACAACAUAAUCUUAGCUCAAAGGUCCACUUCUUAGCUUUUCUUCAGAGCUUUCAACUUCAUCUCAAAGCCUUCGUCAACUGACGGAGUUUGGUCUAUUUCCAAGGUCACGAGGGAGCUUUCAUGUCCAGUUCUUGAAAUUUUGGAGCUCAGAUCAUCAUGUUAACAGGUCUCAAGUUUCUGAUUACUCCAACAGAUACCCAGUGUUUGAAAGUGGGUGAAAACAGAGGAAAAACACUUGUAUGGUCCUUAAAAGUCAAAGUAUGUAAAAUAGUAGUAAUUUAUACUAUACAUGUAAUGAUAUUUAAAGGGUCUAGUCACCAAAAACAUGUCUCACUUCCUCUCUAGUGGUAUCUCUCCAUGCAGAUCAUUUUUUGAUUUACUUGUCCACAUCGCUGAGACUUGAGACCAGAGGAAGACAUUUUUGACCCUUUUUAAAUAAUGUCACCUUUUUAAAAAAAUGUUGCAACACCAACUUUGAAAUAGAAGUUUAAAAUGAGCCCAUUGCAAUUAGUGUAAGGGAACUACCAGAACUUGUGACUGGUUUGCAGUGACAGUAGAGGGCUACUGGAAAUGUUGUUUUAUAUUUGUGCUCAACAGAAUGGCUCAGAGUAAGAUGAAAUAGUUUCCCCAGCUGCAGUUCAAAAAGAUUUGUCUCAGCUCACAUGUGCAGUAGCACUGUUCCCCUCUCCUGUGCAAACUUGUCUCUUGCCUUGUGAGGCUAGGUUAGCUGUGAGCCCAUAUUGUGGCUGCACUUUUGUUUGUUUUUUGUUUUUAAGCUUUUCUGUUGUUUGGAUGACCUUAACCACUCAUGGCAUGAACUUUUGGUAAAGAAACCUUGGAAAUGCAGUUCACAUCUUGGUGAACACUGGCAUGUAUUAUAAAGACACUGGGCAGCAAAUCACAAGAAGAUGUAUAAUCUAGUGGCUUAAUUUGAGACUGCGUCUCAGUUUAGAAAAUUGUACUGUAAUCUUCAUGUACUUUAAAGUGUAGAUUGUGAAUUAUUUCAUGUAUGUAUACCAAGGAAACUAUCUUUUUGAGUUGGCCAACUUGGGGCUGUACGAUUUUGUUGCACACAUUACUGUUACAAAUGUACAAAUCAAACCUAUUAAAAUUCAACUUAACUUA